AUGCGCAGGGAGGCAUUGGCAGCUAAGGAUGCCGCGGAGGCAGUCCCCGAGCUCGGAAUGGUGGACGACGUGGUGCGUGCUUUCUCUGAGCACAUCGGCCGCAGCAGCGUGGAUUACACCAAGUUUCAGAAUCUGCAGCGCGUCUACUGCCAGACGAAUCUAGAGGCGCAGGGCAUACACGACGUGCGCUGGCUCUCCCGUGGCGAGGCGAUCCAGCGAUUCCUUGACGUUCUGCCUGCAGCCAUCGUCGUGAUGAAGGAUUACAAGAAAGACUUGUACGAGGUAGUCACCUCGUUCAAGUUCCACUGGGUCAUCCGCUUCCCCGCGGAUGUGCUUCGGGAGCUCAACCAACUCAAUCUCCGCUUUCAGCAACGUCAGGUGGACGUCACCCUCGUGGCGCACCUUGUACAACAGACGCGGAUGCGCCUGAAGACGCGCUACUUCGACAGGUCCCCUGGUCACUUCUUUGGCAGCGGAGAGAAGAUGCAGCUGCCUGACUUCAUCAAGGCUCACCAGAAGCUGGAUAACCGUGAAAUGAAAGCGGAAGGCGUGGACGCGGAUGGCAACGCCGUCUCCUUCGAAUUCACCCUGCACGAACGCCCCCUGCCAGGCCAUGAGACUGAGGGUGAUGUAACCGCGUGCUUUGAGCUUUCGCUCAAGUUCAUCCGCAAGGUGGACGAGGAGCUGGAGUGGCGCAUGCGCGACCUCAACCUCCUGGAAGGCGCCAAGCUGUUUCGGACGGCGUCCGCCCUCUUUAAUGGUAACGCCCUCUCUAAUGGUAACGCCCCCUCUAAUGGUAACGCCCUCUCUAAUGGUAACGCCCUCUCUAAUGGUAACGCCCUCUCUAAUGGUAACGCCCUCUCUAAUGGUAACGCCCUCUCUAAUGGUAACGCCCUCUCUAAUGGUAACGCAAUUUCUAAUGGUAACGCCCUCUCUAAUGGUAACGCCCUCUCUAAUGGUAACGCCCUCUCUAAUGGUAACGCCCUCUCUAAUGGUAACGCCCUCUCUAAUGGUAGCGCCCUCUUUAAUGGUAACGCCCUCUCUAAUGGUAACGCCCCCUCUAAUGGUAACGCCCUCCGUAAUGGUAACGCCCUCUCUAAUGGUAACGCCCUCUCUAAUGGUAACGCCCUCUCUAAUGGUAACGCCCUCUCUAAUGGUAACGCCCUCUCUAAUGCGCCCUCUCUAAUGGUAGCGCCCUUUCUAAUGGUAGCGCCCUCUCUAAUGGUAGCGCCCUCUCUAAUGGUAACGCCCUCUCUAAUGGUAGCGCCCUCUCUAAUGGUAGCGCCCUCUCUAAUGGUAACCGCCCUCUCUAAUGGUAACGCCAUCUCUAAUGGUAACGCCCUCUCUAAUGGUAACGCCCUCUCUAAUGGUAACGCCGUCUCUAAUGGUAACGCCCUCUCUAAUGGUAACGCCCUCUCUAAUGGUAACGCCCUCUCUAAUGGUAACGCCCUCUCUAAUGGUAACGCCCUCUCUAAUGGUAGCGCCCUCUCUAAUGGUAGCGCCCUCUCUAAUGGUAGCGCCCUCUCUAAUGGUAGCGCCCUCUCUAAUGGUAACGCCCUCUCUAAUGGUAACGCCCUCUCUAAUGCGCCCUCUCUAAUGGUAACUAACGCCCUCUCUAAUAGUAACGCCCUUUCUCAUGGUAACGCCCUCUCUAAUGGUGACGCCCUCUCUAAUGGUAACGCCCUCUCUAAUGGUAACGCCCUCUCUAAUGGUAACGGCCUCUCCAAUGGUAACGCUCUCUCUAAUGGUAACGCCCUCUCUAAUGGUAACGCCCUCUCCAAUGGUAACGCCCUUUCUCAUGGUAACGCCCUCUCUAAUAGUAACGCCCUCUCUAAUGGUAACGCCCUCUCUAAUGGUAGCGCCCUCUCUAAUGGUAGCGCCCUCUUUAAUGGUAACGCCCUCUCUAAUGGUAACGCCCUCUCUAAUGGUAACGCCCUCUCUAAUGGUAACGCCCUCUCUAAUGGUAACGCCCACUCUAAUGGUAACGCCCUCUCUAAUGGUAACGCAAUUUCUAAUGGUAACGCCCCCUCUAAUGGUAACGCCCUCUCUAAUGGUAACGCCCUCUCUAAUGGUAACGCCCUCUUUAAUGGUAACGCCCUCUCUAAUGGUAACGCCCUCUCUAAUGGUAACGCCCUCUCUAAUGGUAACGCCCUCUCUAAUGGUAACGCCCUCUCUAAUGGUAACGCCCUCUUUAAUGGUGACGCACUCUCUAAUGGUGACGCCCUCUCUAAUGGUGACGCCCUCUCUAAUGGUAACGCCCUCUCUAAUGGUAACGCCCUCUCUAAUGGUAACGCCCUCUGUAAUGGUAACGCCCUCUCUAAUGGUAGCGCCCUCUCUAAUGGUAGCGCCCUCUCUAAUGGUAGCGCCCUCUCUAAUGGUAGCGCCAUCUCUAAUGGUAACGCCCUCUCUAAUGGUAGCGCCCUCUCUAAUGGUAGCGCCCUCUCUAAUGGUAACGUCUUCUCUAAUGGUAACGCCCUCUCUAAUGGUAACGCCCUCUCUAAUGGUAACGCCCUCUCUAAUGGUAACGGCCUCUCUAAUGCGCCCUCUCUAAUGGUAGCGCCCUCUCUAAUGGUAGCGCCAUCUCUAAUGGUAACGCCCUCUCUAAUGGUAGCGCCCUCUCUAAUGGUAGCGCCCUCUCUAAUGGUAACUAACGCCCUCUCUAAUGGUAACGCCGUCUCUUAUGGUAACGCCCUCUCUAAUGGUAACGCCCUCUUUAAUGGUAACACCCUCUCUAAUGGUAACGCCCUCUCUAAUGGUAACGCCCUCUCUAAUGGUAACGCCCUUUCUAAUGGUAACGCCCUCUCUAAUAGUAACGCCCUCUCUAAUGGUAGCGCCCUCUCUAAUGGUAACGCCAUCUCUAAUGGUAACGCCCUCUCUAAUGGUAACGCCCUCUCUAAUGGUAACGCCCUCUCUAAUGGUAACGCCCUCUCUAAUGGUAACGCCCUCUCUAAUGGUAACGCCCUCUCUAAUGGUAACGCCCUCUCUAAUGGUAACGCCCUCUCUAAUGGUAGCGCCCUUUCUAAUGGUCGCGCCCUCUCUAAUGGUAGCGCCCUCUCUAAUGGUAGCGCCCUCUCUAAUGGUAACGCCCUCUCUAAUGGUAACGCCCUCUCUAAUGGUAGCGCCCUCUCUCUAAUGGUAACGCCCUCUCUAAUGGUAACGCCUCUCUAA